AUGAGUCGGGUCCUGGCCGUGAACGACGACUUGCCCAUCCGCACCGACCAACCCGUGCACAGCGGCAAGGUGCGCGCCGUGUAUUGGCUGACCGCCGCGGACAGCCAGCGCCUCAUCAAGGAGAAGGGCUACGAUGUCGCCGAGGGGGCGUCUUUGGCCGUAAUGGUCAUCAGCGACCGCAUGUCCGCCUUCGACGUCAUCUGGCACGGCGAGGGUGGCCUCGACGGAGUUCCCGGCAAGGGAGCCGCCCUGAACGCGAUCUCCAACCAUUGGUUCAGGUUGUUCCGCGAGAAGGGCCUCGCGGACAGCCACAUCCUCGACAUCCCGCACCCGCUGGUGUGGAUCGUGCAGAAGGCUACGCCCGUGAAGAUCGAGGCCAUCUGCCGUCAGUACAUCACCGGCUCGAUGUGGAGGGCCUACAGCAAGGGGGAACGCGACUUCUGCGGCAUCAAGCUGCCCGAGGGGCUCAGCAACAACCAGAAGCUCCCAGAGGUGCUCAUCACACCAUCAACGAAGGGCAUCCUGACGGGCAUCCCGGGCGUGCCAGAGGUGGACGACGUCAACAUCUCCCGCGCGGACAUCGAGAAGAGUUACCAGUCCUUCAACUUCACCAGCGUCGAACACAUCGACGUGUACGAGAGGUUGCUCAAGGAGGGCUUCCAGGUGAUCAGUGAGGCGCUCGCCCAGCUGGACCAGAUCUUCGUCGACACUAAAUUCGAGUUCGGCUACGUGCGCGACAAAGCCGGCGGCAGCAAGCUGAUAUACAUGGACGAGGUGGGCACGCCAGACUCCUCCAGAAUAUGGGAUGGGGCAUCGUUCAGAAACGGCAAGGUGGUCGAGGAGUCCAAGGAGGGCUUCCGGCAAUGGCUCCUGACCAGCGGUCACUUCCCCGACCCAGACAUCAUGCUGAACAAGGACAGAAUGGAGGAGCGCAAGGCCCUGGCAAGAGACAACGCUCUCCCAGCCUCCGUCUUGAUGGAUGCGUCGGCGCUGUACGUUGGCAUUGCGGAGAAGAUAGUGGGUCAGAAGUUGAAGUUGUCAGAGAACCCGAAGGAGGAGAUUAUCGCCGUCCUGGACAAGGAGUUCGGGAUCAUAGACCCCGAGAGGGCGUAG